AAUAAGUUUGUUUGAUUCUGAUCACGUGACUUCAGACUACAGCAUUAUUUAGAAAUGGCUGUUGUGUGGUUGAGUUUGCAAAAUGCAAAGAUUAUUAGGUUUUAUAUUUAAAUAAAUUGAAAUAUAGUUUAUAAAACGAAGUAUCAGACAAAAUAGGAAACAUAUUGUUGUUACAUUUAACGAGUCAGUGCCUAAUUUUUCGCUUUAUAAUAGUUGAUAGCAUACCACGUACAGAAGGUAGGUUAGUUAGCUAAUAGACAUGGCUCUUUGGACAAAAGCACAGCAACUUCCCCCUGAUAGUUUGCAACAGAUUCGUGCAAUAUAUGGGGACCAUUUCCCUAUUGAAGUAAGACAUUAUUUAGCCCACUGGAUAGAAGAAAAGUUUUGGUCUGAUGUAGAUCCUUCACCCGAUAACCCUCAACAUGAACAAUAUGUUGCAAAUUUAAUAAAUCAACUUAUUCAGGAAAUUGAAAACAAAGCUGCUGUUGUUGCAGGUCAAGAAUUUUUCCUAACUAAAAUAAAAUUAGCUGAGGCAGCUAAAGUAUUCCGACAACGAUACAGUGGAAAUCCUAUGCAGCUGUUUAAUUAUGUUCGACAGUGCUUAGCAACUGAAAUGCGUCUGGUGCAAGCUGUUAAUGGUGAGGGUACAACUGGUUUGCCUAGUUUUAUUGCAAACAGUUCGAGUGCAGAAGUAAUGCAUAAAUUAGACAUAUUAAGGAACAGAACAAGGGAGCAGGCCGAAGAUUUGCGAAGAAUGGAACAAGAGCAGGAAGCGUUUGCGUUACAGUAUCACGAGUGCACGAAAAUAAACGCAACAAUUCAACAUUUAUCGACACAACCCGCAAAUCAACAGGAAGCGCAAGCAAAUCUUCAGAAACUUACGAGACAGAAGGAAAUUAUGGAACAGUUAUUAAAUCAAAAGAUCGCAGGACUGAUGCAGUUAAGAUUGGCUUUAGGAGACAAAUUACAAGAAACUUUUACAUUAAUCAACACCCUUCAGGCUCAAGUUCUAGAUGAAGAAUUAAUACGUUGGAAAAGGGACCAACAAUUGGCAGGAAAUGGGUCCGUUUUUAACAGUAACUUGGACACAAUUCAGGAAUGGUGUGAAAGUUUAGCAGAAUUAAUAUGGACAAAUCGACAACAAAUUAAAGAAGUUGAUCGACUGAAGCAGAAACUCGCCUUGGAUCCACCUGGUGUCAGAGACGCCCUUGCACAACUACUGUCUGAAAUCACUCAAUUACUUAGUUCUCUUGUUACAUCGACUUUUAUAAUUGAAAAACAACCUCCACAAGUUAUGAAAACAAACACAAGGUAGAGAUAAACUGCUUAAAAU